AUGAGCACCUCCGCACCUGAUCUUUCGGAUGGUCUGGUGACUCUACCGGCUGCCGAGCUACGUGAGUCACUGGAGAACAUACUCUCCGCUAUUAGUGCCUCUGCGCACUCGUGCUCGGAGGAGAGCAGGGCACUGGAGGUGCAGCGUCAGCGGGUGCUUACGCUUCUCUUCAAGCUGGAUCGAAGACGAACUUCCUUCGACUCACUGGAUACCACAGUGCCGCGCCACGGUACUCUUUUAUCCCCAGUCAGCGCAGAGACGACCGUCGAACAUGGUGGCUCUUUGCAUGUCUUCGUCCGCAACAGCGAGUCUGCCGAUGCACGGACUGACGCACCGGGGGAUCAACUCCGCACGGCUUUCAGAGAGGACGACAAGGUGCACGCUAGAUCGAUGCCACACCCAUACCAUCGCUGCCUCCUGGGUAACCUUUUUUCUCAGUCAAUACAGCGGGACAUGACGGCGCCUUUGGCUUACAUGUUUCCUUGCGUCUCAUCCCCACCAUCCUUGUCAAGGGGUGAGGCGGAUGGAUUGGAAGGUGACGGUGAAAAGGACUCUGGUGUGUGUGCCACAAGCACCCGACUGCAGCAGAUGGGGCAAUUAUGCUGUUCGCCUGCGGCGCUACCUUCUUUUUCGAACGAUGAGGGAGGGAGUGGUCGUGGGUGGCAUGACUUGGCAUCACGCGUUCAGCGACACAGUCGUGUAGACGAGGAUUCUCCAAAACCACAAGAGAUGCGCUCCUGCGCCCCGUCAGCGCAGGUUAAUACUCAGAAUAGUCGCCAGUGGAAUAGCGAUACGACGGUGUCGCGUAGCUUCUGGAUCAACGUGUGGCCCUGCUAUGGUGGCACCUCGGCGUCUUACACUCAGCAUCCAACACGCGUCCUCGUGCGAGGGCGGUACCGCUACAUCGAAGAGGUGAUGGAGAAGGCGGCGAAGCUGACGAACUGCAGGCCCGCCUCCCACGGCUUUUACACGCCUGACGGAUGUCCGAUUCGCAACCUGGAGAGCUUGGUCCCGGAGCAGCACUACCUCCUCUUUCCUUUCGGGGGGUUUUACCGCAGGCAAACCGUCCCUACCGCACUUUUGUGGCAAUUGUACAGUGACGCACGCCACAUUGUGCAGUGCCUGUAG